GUCAAUUGUAAUGAAUUAAACUAGUAACUGCUUUACUUCAUCAUUAAGUAGAUAUUGAACAUAAAAGUGAUGGCGGCAAUGAAGCAAAAGAAGCAGGUUCUACAAGUAGUUCUAUGGAAGGAUCCAAUUAUGUUGAUUCAAGUCAGAAAGGCAGAGUGGUGAACAAAGAUAUUGGUGGUGAUAAUGUUGAUGAUGAAGCUGUGGACAUGUAUGUAACUGAAGGACACCAGGCAACUAAUAAACAAGAAACUGCUGAUAUGGAUGGGUUUGUACCUAGCAAGUCUACAGAUAAGAAAAGUAUAAAACGAUCAAAGUCAUCUGAUUCAUUAAAGUCCGCUACUGCAAAAGCAUUCAGAAGAUUAUCUUCAAAAAUAGAACUAGAAACAGAAGAAACGAAAAAACUUUUGUCAACUAUUACAGAUUCUGAUGCUGCACAUCAAGAUCUAGAGGUUCCGGCAAGUAAUGAUGAUACUAGAAGUCAAUUUGUACCAAAAUAAAAUUAUUUAUUCAAAAAAUAAUUUCUAUCUAUAUUA